AUGCCACCAAUUCGACGGUCCAAGCGCAUGCAAGCAGGCCCUCAGCCGAACCACGGCCACACACUUUCGAGCCCUAACCCAGCAAGGAAGCCCCCCAAGCCAAGUUACAUGCGACGAACCACUGAUUCCGAUGCGAACCUCAAAACACCUCUUCUCAGUCUCCCCCGUGAGCUCUUCGACGAGAUCAUCGCUCACCUCUCUCCAACCGCCAAAGUAUGCCUGACCUUGACCUGCAAAGCCGCUCUCCACGCCAUCGGGACCGCAGCUUGGAAGGAAUUCAAACGCAAUUACCAACCCUACCAACCAUCCGAUCUUACACUCUACGAGCUCUUGCACCGCGAUCUGCCUAGCCUAGAAUACUGUCCUCACUGCGGGAUACUGCACCCACCGCUCAAACCACCCCACGCCCACCGCACCACAAAAUUCACCAAAGCGUGUUUCGGGCAGGAGGCGUCAAUGGACUCCUGGCCACAGACGCCGUUGGGAGGGUACAGCGUCGUCCUAUUCCACAUCGGGCAGGCCUUCAACUCAAGGCCUGACGAUCUCUCUCAGAAUCCAGCAGUCGACCUGUUCAACGGCGACUUCACGGUCUCGCAGGGGCCACUGCAUUACCGACUUCGCUCGUCAGCACGGUGGAUAGACCGCAGUCUUGUCUUGAAGCAGGAGUAUCAUCUCCGUCCGUCGGGGCUCCUCACGGCCGAGCAUAUAACAACCCUCCCUCUCCGCAUCUGUGCACACCUCACGACCAGCACUUCGCCGGCACUAGAGACGUACCACACAAAGGGGUCUUCAAACGGGCCUCUCCUAACUCACGCCAUUGCCACCGCAUUCCCAGACACCCAUCGCCAUGGCGUCGCGAAGGCAGACACAUUCCGCAAGCCCGCACCCAGCGAGGAGGCGCAGAUGAUCGCGUCAGAACAAGAGGCGGGAUUCAUAUUUCGCUGCCGCAGCUGUCCGACGAAGUUCCGCGUCGAGUACUCCGCUAGCGAUGGGGGACAGCUCAAUAUCACCGCCUGGCACUGUUUCGGACGGGAGAUAUACAAGACGCUCGAGUACUGGAAGAUGUUUGUUCGACGCGAAGCGCCGAAUCUAGGCCCGAAGAAACGCAAUAGCGAGUUCUAUGUGAAGAGCAGGAGUAUUCCUGAUUUUCUCGUGGGAGCUUAG